AAAACACAAGCCUGAUUCCAGAUGUAUGGAGCUGCGUACAGAACACCGCUGGACAACGGGCGCAGCUGCAGGGCUUCAUGGUGUCUGCUUUGCAAUGCAAAUGUAAGAAUAUCUGAACAUUAAAUAAGGAAUGAUAAUCUGCGGGAAUAUUUUAACGUUAUGGGAGACCCUAAAACAGAGAAGGAUCUACGCCGACAGGAUGACGGUGUCACUCUGUGUCCCAGCAAUACAGAACCAAUUGUCGGUUCCAACUUCUCUGUUUCUGAUGAGAACCGUGGUACUCCAGGGCCCAGUCCUGCCUUUUUGGCUACACUGAGCUCUCUGGGUGAACACACUGACCACAUGCUCCUGCCUCGCUCGUUACAUCAGAUAGCAGAAGCUUAUUUUUAUGAAGAGAACUACCAGUGGGCAGUUCAGUUCCUGCAUUUGGAGAUGCUUUAUCAUGAAAGACUGAUUUCCAAUAUUGCUUCCAUGCAGAAGGACUGGGAAUCCCAGGGCAAGGCUGUUUCUCAAGCAAAAAUCUCUUCUUCUGUGAGGAUCCCCUGUACUGAGACCGAGACAAAGUGCAUGAAUGCACUGAAUUUCAUCUGCAGAACACACCAAAGACCUUAUUGCAAUGUGAAAAAGCAGAUAAGUGCAGAAAAUCCUCUUAAAAUGAAGGACUGGACAGAGGACCCAGAAGAGGAAAAAGGAGAUGAAGAGGACAGAGAGGCUCUGGGGCAAGAAGCUUUGACGGAGGAGGUGCAGAAGGAGGUGCCUGGAAGACAAAAGUUAUCUAGGGAAGAAGUGGCUGAGCUCAUUAAAGUUGAGGAGACCUUCACCUCAAACGGUCUCAUCUCCAUCUUGAAGAAAAGAACCAGAACUCCAGAGGAAUCCUCUCCUGUCGAUACCUCUCCAACCAGAAGUUCCUCCAAGCUUAAAGUCCACUUCAUUGAAACAAAUGAUUUACUGGACAAUGAUGACGAGGGUGAAGACUCCUGUUUGUUCUUCCUUGCCCUGUGCCUGGUAACAGUGGUCAUCAGCAUGGGCGGUACCAUGCUCUACUGCGCUCUGGGAGGGGCUUACUCUAAUAUCUGCAGUGAUUUCUCACACAACAUGAACUUUUUCUUAGGAGUUGUAUAUCAAGUGGUCGAAACUGUCACACGAUUGUUCUUUCCUGCAUCAGCAUAGCUCUGUUGCUCUGAGAACACACUCAUCUAAGCAUACGUCUUCACCCGGUGAAGACAAAUCGACAGCUGUAGUCAUGUGUUAAAGCAGGCGAUCUUAAUAUCAUGAAAACUGAGCUUCCACUUUACACAGAUUGUGUAAAAAUCACAUUAUAUUAUGUCUACUGAUUUUUUUUUUAUGUCUGUAAAAGAUUUUUUUUUUCUUGCUAUGCAGUCAGUUUGUGUGUGGUCAUGUGACUACAUGUGGUUAUUGUUAUUGCGGCUGAUUGGUCAAACGGAGUCAUGUGAUUCUUGUUGCCAUGUCUGAUUGGUGAAAAAAAAAAUCUAAUGUGUAGAAUAAAAGGUUAGAAAAGUAACAAGUCGAGUGUAGUCGAAUGUAGCGGAGUAAAAGUAGCGUUUCUUCUUCUCAAAUCUACUCUAAUAAAAAGUAUUAUGCAGUAAAACUA